AUGCCACCAAGAGCAACCCGAAAACGUCAUAAUUCAAAUAUUACUCAAAAAAAACGACCUAUCAUGUUUAAUAUUGAACCAGUUCAAGUCAGAAAGUGGCGUGGACUUAAGCAACAAUUAAUGGAGGCUGCACCUCAUAUCUUAUGGUUAAAUAAUAGUACACGUCCAAAAUACCCAGAACUUGAAGGAGAGCUAAAUGAAUGGGUUAAAAAUUUGCGUAAAAAUUUAAAAGUAGUAACACGAUCAAUGAUUCAAAUGAAAGCUAAGGCACUUGCAAAAACAGAAUGA